AUGGCGUUCCGCCGCGAGGUGUCUCCGCUGGAUAAGCUAGUGCUUAAAUUUAUCUCCAAGGCGCCGCGACAGCUAGACGUGAUUAUUAAUGAAAAAACGUUAGAACGUGCCCACCGCAUUGGAAAGCCGACCAAGUCGCGCACGCACAAGGUCAAGCAGGAAGUUAUCCGAGCACUACUGCGGGGAGGAAGAGUCGGCGACGACACGCUGCCUCAAAGUUUCUUUCAUUCCAGCAUGACACGCAUUGAGAUAAUUGGAGCUAAAAUUUCAGCCGUGUUUGUGGAGAUGCUGUCUCAGGCGUGCCCCAAAUUGCACUCGGUUAAUUUUUCGGGCUGUUUUCGACUUACGGAUGAUGCAAUUGAGACUCUUUUAAAAAAUUGUCCAGAAAUCAAGGACCUGAACAUUGAAAAUUGUCGCAAGUUGACGGACGCCUCAUUAGAUCAUCUACGUAAACUUGCACCGAAACUGCAGGGCCUGGAUAUUGGUGGCAACUUCAACAUGACGAUUUCAGGCAUUACAAAGCUAAUUGAAAGACAUCCAAAUCAUUCCAAGUUUACGAAAGUUCACCUGUCAGGCCACCCUGUGACAGAUCAAACUAUCAAGGCUAUUAUGGUUAAAUGCCGGAAGUUGCAUAGCCUCAGUGUUGGCUACUGUGCCAUUACUGACGAAGCUCUGAUUGCUUUAUUAAAAAAGCGCGAGUCCGUAUCGCGUCUGUGCUUACAUUGGAAUGUCGCGAUCACCAACCAAUUGCUUCGUUUUCUUGGGUCAGAAGCCCGAAACUUGCAGGAAUUAAAUUUAUGCGGCGUGAAGAGCGUCUCGGCCGACGCUAUUCUGGCAACAAUUCAUGCAAAAAUGGGUGGUAGAAACGAAUUGCUUGAUUCUUCGGCACCCCAGUCUGGUACUGGUCAAAAUCUCGAGCCGGAGCGAAAGCGGCUCAAAAAAAUUGAUUUUCGGUACACUAGUAUCACAAAGGAAGCGGCUGCAGCUGUCAAAGAUCGGUAUCCUGAGCUUCAAGUGACAUUUUAG